GGCGCGGGGGGGGGGCGGGGGCGGCUGCGCUUCCCGUCGGCCCCCGCGGCGGUCACAUGACCGAGGGCGGCCGGAAGAUGGAGGAGCCGCCCGGCGCCGCGGCCGAGGACUCGUGGGCGAAGGUGGACGCUGCCUACGGCGACAAUGGCCUGGACGCCGCGCUCUUCAUGGAAAACGCCAGGAAAGGGAGCAUAGUGUCACGAGCCAACAGCAUUGGCUCCACCAGCGCCUCUUCUGUCCCCAACACAGACGACGAGGACAGCGAUUAUCACCAGGAGUCCUACAAGGAGUCGUACAAGGACUGGCGCAGGCGGGCGCACACGCAGGCGGAGCAGAAGAGGCGAGACGCCAUCAAGAAAGGCUACGAUGACUUGCAGGCCAUCGUUCCUACCUGCGAGCAGCAGGAUUUCUCCAUAGGCUCCCAGAAGCUGAGCAAGGCCAUCGUCCUCCAGAAGACCAUUGACUACAUCCAGUUGCACAAGGAAAAGAAGAAGCAAGAGGAGGAAGUUUCUACCCUCAGGAAAGACGUGAUGGCGUUGAAGAUCAUGAAAGUGAACUACGAGCAGAUUGUGAAAGCUCAUCAGGACAACCCGAAUGAGGGGAAGGACCAGGUCUCCGAUGAGGUGAAGUUCAAUGUUUUCCAAGGCAUUAUGGAUUCCCUGUUCCAGUCCUUCAAUGCCUCCAUCUCCGUAACCAGUUUCCAGGAGCUCUCAGCGUGUGUCUUCAGCUGGAUUGAGGAGCACUGCAAGCCCCAGACGCUGCGGGACAUUGUGAUCGGGGUCCUGCAGCAACUGAAGAGUCAGCUGUACUGAGCCUUCCCCUGCAGCGCCGGCAGCUCUGGGGCACCCCCUGCCCAGGGGCCUGGGUGACGGGCGCCAGGAAGGGCUGGGCCGUCUCCCUCGUGGCUGUUUUUAAAGCUUCUCUGAAUUAAUUAUUUAUUGUAUUAACUACAAAACCAAAACGAGGCUGUGCAGACACCUCUGCUCCACAGGUACUGUCACAGUUGAUACUACCAAAUAUUUGUAGGCACUUGGCAAAGGAGGGGAAAAAGGUGUGUGUUGAGGAGAGGUCUUUUAGGGUGCCAGAGAGUCGUUAGCCCGGGCAGGCGUGGUGGGGGUCGCCUGCGCUCCCGACUCUGCGCUGUGGAGCGGAGCCGCUCUGUAACCUCAGGGCGCUGACACGAGCCCUUCUGAUCCCGGGGGAGGGGGAUGAAACACGAACGGCUGCUAAAAGCUGUUGGUUUCUGUUAAAACAGACUCGGAAUAGGCAGCUCCUGUAACCGUGGGUGGUCUGGGGGGGGCAGGGGUUCGGGUUGUGUAGGUGCGUUGGCAGAGCUGCCUGAAGGACGAGCCCGUCGCUGCCAGGGAGAUGCUCGGGCAGCCGCGACCUCCCUGGUGCGGAGCCGGCGGCGCCGUGACCUCUGCUGCUGCCCUGGCAGGGAGACAGGAGGGAGCUUUCACCCGCUCACGCUGGUGAGCGCCCCGACGUGUCUGGCUUCACCCGUCAUCAGGUUCUGACGUGGCUGUGCUGAACAGGGCAGCGGUUCAGCAGCUGUGACAGCGCUGCCACAAGCUCUCGCGGCUCCUCCUUAGAACUUAGACGCACACAUAGACAUAAGCAGCCUUGAUUGGAUUUGAUUUUUGUUUUUGUGAAUCACUGAAAUCAUACUGAGGUAUUACCAGUGUCAGCUUCGCAGACGUGCUCUCUGGGACACUUGUUAACCUGUCACAGGCCGCUGCUGUCAUCGCCGUGUGGGGCAGCCGCUGCCCAAGUGAUUGUACCGGGGCCCCUCCGGCGCGGUGACACCAGCAGCGGGAUUUGUUCUUUGUAAUCACAGCUGUGCUCCCACACCAGGGCAGUCGAUAUUGAUUUUACAGUUUUUCCACUGUUGAGGAGGUAGCACUUGGCUCCAGGUUACGUAGUUUGAGCGCUGCAGCAGGAGAAUGUUUAAGCUAGUGCUUCUACCCACAGUUAGUAGCAGAGAACUUGCUCAGAUGGUUGAUUUUUAUACAAAAUUAGUCUUCAAUCCCCACACUGGGGUGCCCUUUCUGCUGCACUGCAGCGGAGGCCCCGGAGCCAAACCCUGCAGUGACGCAGGGGCGGCUGUGCCUCAGCGGGACGCUGCUGCUUCGUGGUGACACAAAUCCCUCUCCCAGGUGAGCGGGGGGGGGGUCAGGGCUCCGUGGCUGAACGAGGGGCACAUGCUGAACCCCUGGAGCUGCACUGCUGGAAGCUGCCUCCUGCCUUGGGAAGAUGUGGAGUUUUACAGACCUCACACGUGAAAGCAAUGUAUUUUUCUAUUGUGAAAAGUAAUUACAUAAAUUUUGCUGAAUGUUUUAA